AUGCGCCGCUCCGGGUCUCGUAGUCGCUAUUCCACUUCCACGUCAGCUCGAAGCGCCAGCAAUGAGCGUGACCGUGUGUUCGAUACUCUGCAGCGUCGCCUAGCGUCUCAGACCUUAAACGACUGCACCUCCGAGGCAGACAGUGACUACGAAGAGAAACGCAGUGUACCGGAGUCUGUAGCGGCAGCACCGACGACUGCUCUUUGCCGCUUCUUCGUGCUGGGUAAGUGUCGCUAUGGCAGUCGCUGCACCUUCUCGCAUUCACUACCCGCGCAGGUGAGCGAGUGCGCCUCAGAUGAGACCGAGGGACUAUCGGCGGCAGCGGCGCUGGUGGAUUGUCCGUUCUUCCUGCGCGGUAACUGCAAGUACGGCGAGCACUGCCGACUCAGACACAAUCCAGCCAUGCUGCCAGGGGCUGCCGUUGCAGCUUCGGCUCGCUCAGCUCCUAGAGUAGGGAGAUUUCCUGUCUCAAACAACUCUGAUGUCCACGCAGCCUCUGCUACUCGCGAGGAUAACCAACAAGACUUCACGUGCGGCAUCUGUUUCGACGAUAUCGUCCAGUCCGGCAAGCAUUUUGGCCUCUUACACUGUGAUCACUGCUUCUGUUUGGAUUGCCUGCGCUCGUGGCGUCAGUCGAAGGAUAUGGAGCUGGAGGUGAUUCGUGCAUGUCCAGCAUGCCGCCUGCCGAGCGACUUUAUCGUUCCCUCGCUCAUAUUCGUGACUGGUGAAGAGAAACAAAAGGUUAUUGAGGCGUACAAAAGCCAUUUGGCUCUGCGUGAAUGCAAGUACUUUAACGGCCUCUUCGGAAGCUGUCCGUUCGGUCCACGCUGCUUCUACGCGCACCGCGACUCUGAAGGUCGUGACGUGAAGCACUUGGAUCGCCCCAAACGAUCGACCAAGCCGCGACGUGGCCGAAAUGGUCGCCAAGGCGGAGACGCAGCGCUGCAGUCAUUGCUACAGCAAUACAGCCACCUGUUUCGCUUCUUUGAAGUUGCGGAUUGGGACGAUUUCGAUCUGGUCGGUAGCUUGUACGACUCGGAUGACUCGGAUGACGACUGGUUUUCAGACGACGACUAUGACACAUAA